AUGCAGAAUACGUGGACGCUUUUCGUAGUUGCGUUGGGGCUUAUUUCAAUCGUCUCGCGAACAGCCGCAAAAUCCGACCCCGGUAUUGUCGAUAUCCAAGUCAACGCAGAUAUUCCAUAUAUUAGGGAGCAGCGGCCACUUCUGGCGAACACCAUGAUCUACGCGCAAAUUGCGGGAUGCACAUCCAAGGCGGAGACAAAUCUGACAAUAACCUUUAAGCUGACGGAGCAUCCUUGCAUCUUUGAUGACCGGAUGCUGCAACUAAUCGCGGAGAACCCCACACAGCAGCAGAACUCGAGCAUAAACAAUGUUAUCGUACAGGUAACAAAGACCUAUGCCUGCAACGGCCUGAUUGUGCUGGUUGGAGACAAGCCGACGGAAGGAGUUCCGUCCACGCCGGAGCCGAAGCACCCUAUGAAGGAAAACAAACAUCCUCUAUCGCCCACAACCAACUCGAUUGUCAGCGUUAAGGAGGAUGGCAUAUACGAGAUCGAAGUGAACAUAGCCCCGGGACAAGCGAAUCAGCAGUUCAAUGCUAUAGUUCACAUUGAGUUUCUUGGACCGCACGGUUAUAUCUCAGCCAUAGACUGGCCAUUCGUACCAUUCUAUCUGAUCAUGUGCAUUGUUUACGUGAUCUUUGGCAUCAUUUGGCUGUUUGUUUCGUUUUCGCAAUGGCGAGAUCUAUUGAGAAUUCAGUUUUGGAUUGGUGGCGUCAUACUGCUGGGAAUGCUGGAGAAGGCCUUCUUUUAUGCCGAGUACCAGACCCUCAACAAUACGGGAUUGGCUGUGGAACACGCGGAGCUGGUUGCUGAAUUUGUAUCUUGUGCGAAGCGUACACUGGCUCGAAUGCUGGUGAUCAUUAUGAGCCUGGGCUUUGGAAUUGUCAAACCUCGCUUGGGUCCCAUGCUGCAUCGGGUUGUGGGCGCGGGUAUUCUCUACUUUGUGCUGGCCUGUGUGGAGAGCUAUUUGCGUAUCACCAACGUGAAGAGUGAUCGUAGCGAGUUGCUGGUGGCCAGCAUUCCUCUUGCGGUUCUCGAUACAGCUAUCUGUUGGUGGAUAUUCACCUCCCUAGUGCAGACAACCAGGACGCUCAGGCUAAGAAGAAACAUGGUGAAGCUAUCGCUCUAUAGGCAUUUCACCAACACGUUGAUCUUUGCCGUUAUCGCUUCCGUCAUCUUCAUGCUGUUUGCGUUGCGUUUGCGUAGAACUGAGAACUGUACGCCUGGUUGGCGUGAUAUCUGGAUCGAUACGGGCUUCUGGCACAUGCUGUUCUCAGUGCUGUUGCUGGUUAUUAUGAUACUAUGGCGACCGACAAAUAACAAUCAACGCUAUGCAUUCACACCGCUGCUGGACAGUCCCGAGGACGAGGAUGAAGAGGAUGAGGAGGAUCAGUUUGUAGCUGAUACUUAUGGCGUUAAAAUGCGCGGUCAGAAUGGCACGCCGAAGACAUCGACAAAUUCGCGCACAGCAACAACCACUGAAGAGGACGAUUUGCGUUGGGUGGAGGAGAAUAUACCCUCAUCGAUGGCUGAUUCCGCUCUGCCCGUGCUAGACUCGGAUGAGGAAAUCAUCAAUACUAAGUUCGAAGUUUCCAAAAUGCAAUAAGCCGAGACUUUCGCUGGAACUAAGAGACUCUUAGCAUAUUUUUGUUGCACAAUCUACAUCCGAAAUAUGUAUUGUAUUUUUAUUUCAAUUUGAGAACGAGAGAACAAGGCAAGCUGAAGAAGGGAGAAAUAAUGAUAAUUGCUGGACAAAAUUUUUAAAGCUCCACUGCUGCUGAUCUGAUCUUCCCCACUUACGGUAAAACCCUCAAGUGUAUUGAAAUUGGCUGUGUCCGACGACGACUACACUAUGAAUUGUGUUUGCUUUUUCAGCCAAGCUUUCUGGGCCGGUGUAAAAUAUUGUAUGUAAUCGUAGUUACUCUACUCACACGUUCUCCCUCUAAAUAAAUCUAGCUUAUUCGUAAUACCUAGCCUAAGUUGUAGAUAUCUAUGCGACAGACACUUAAUUUAUGAACCUUGAAAACCAUUUCGAACGAUACUUUUGAUUACUUGAAUACAAUUGCUAACGUGUAAGUACAUAUAUACAUAUAUGUGUAUAUAUAUAUUAAUGUCCCUCGCCUCUUUGUAAAUAGCUGGUAAC